CCUCUUACUUGAAGUGGUUUCCAUGACAUACGGGGUUUGCAGUUCGGUUCAAUGGCUCUCGGCGCCCCUGCCUUCUCGGCUGGAGGAAUCCGCGGGGCUGGGCCAGCCGUGGGGGUUCAUUACCCCCUAGUCACCGUGCCAGCGGGCUGUGCCGAGCGCGGCUCUCUAGGAAGCGGGGGGAAGGGGACCUGCUGCGCCUGGCUGGGAGUUUUCUUCCCCUUGGGAAUUUGGCUGCAGGCGGCCACGUGCUGGAGGGAGGCUGGGGCUGCGGGAAGCCUGGGGGUGACACGCGGCCCUUGCGGGCACAGCCCUUUUUACAGAGGGCUUUAAACUCGCCCCGGGGCGGUGGAAGAGAAGCCGGCUGAACAAAGCGCGGGGCGUGGCAGGGGGUCUCCGCUCUCCCUCCGGCCCGGCCGAGGCGCCUCGCUUCUCCGCCGCCGCCCGCAGGACCUGGAGCCCAGCAGAUGGGCUCCCGCCCCGGCCGCCGGGUCCAGCAGCGGGUGCCGGGCCAGCCGUCCCGCUAGCGAGCGGAGCCCAGCAGCGCCCUCCCGUCCGGGGUCCAGCCGCGGGGAGCGGGUCCGAGCAGCCUCUGGGAGCCAGCUGACCCCGCCCAGGAGCCCCCCCAAGACGGAGAGCAAUUAGCCGACCAUGUUUAACGGGGAGACUAGUUCCUCCUCGGCUAAAAAUGUGGUCCGCAGCUCCAGCAUCAGCGGCGAGAUGUACAACGUCGAGAAGAGCAACGGGGGCAACCCGGACUCGGCCAGCAUCACCUCCAACAAGAAGAGGCGCUCUAGCCUCGGGGCCAAGAUGGUGGCUAUCGUGGGGCUGUCCCAGUGGAGCAAGAGCACCCUGCAACUCAACCAGCCCGACGGUGGCCCCAAGAAGCUGCGCAGUAACAUCCGGCGGAGCACGGAAACCGGCAUUGCUGUGGAGAUGAGGAAUAGGGUCACGCGGCAGGGCAGCCGGGAAUCGACCGACGGCAGCACCAACAGUAAUAGCUCCGAUGGCACAUUCAUUUUCCCCAUGACCCGGCUGGGAGCCGAGAGCCAGUUCAGUGACUUUUUAGACGGGCUCGGGCCGGCGCAGAUUGUUGGCCGGCAGACACUGGCGACGCCUCCGAUGGGCGAUGUCCACAUUGGGAUGAUCGAUAGGAGCGGGCAGCUGGAGGUGGAGGUGAUCCAGGCCAGGGGCCUCACCCCAAAGCUGGGUUCCAAGUCCAUCCCUGCGACCUAUGUUAAAGUUUAUCUGCUGGAGAAUGGGACCUGCCUGGCCAAGAAGAAGACCAAGAUGGCCAAGAAGACCUGGGACCCAUUCUACCAGCAGGCGCUGCUCUUUGACGAGGGCCCACAGGGCAGAGUUUUGCAGGUGAUUGUCUGGGGAGAUUAUGGCCGCAUGGACCACAAGUGCUUCAUGGGAAUGGCGCAGAUUGUCUUGGAAGAACUGGAUCUCUCCAACAUGGUCACAGGCUGGUACAAACUUUUCCCCACUUCCUCGCUGGCGGACUCCACCAUCGGCCCUCUGACGCGUCGCCUCUCCCAGUCCUCUCUAGAGAGUUCCACAAGUCCUUCUUGCCCCUAAGGGGCAGGGCUCAGGGCAUGGGUGGGAGGGAGGGAAGGAAACAAGCUGGCCUACCAAAACCUUUGGUGGAACGGCUGUAAAUAUUCUGUGUCUAGUUUGGUUUCAUUUUUUUCCCCCCUCCCUGAAACGAGCUGCUCUCGACAUGUUCCUCGCCAGCUGCAACGUUCCACCGCGCAGGCAGGGGACUUUAAACGAGAGGGGUGGGAAGGAGAAACAAGAACAAACUUGUAACGCAGAACAAGUGAUGUGACUGACCGACAACCGAUCCCAAGACUGUUACCGCAUCUCAUCGAGUCAUAUUCGGAAAGGAAUCAAACAAUGGACCAUAUUUCUCAUCUGAACAGCUGGCGGGAGCGUCUUGGAUCCGAUUCAUUCAAUCCCACUGCAAGUAGCAUGUUAACUCAAUUUUGUUUUGCCUCCAUUUUGUUUUCCUGAUCGUUGAGGAAAAAUAGCUUUUUUU